AUGAAUUUAGAUUUUUCUAAACUAAAUGUCUAUGCCAAUUCCCUUUUAGCUAUUAGGUUAUGUAUUGUUGGUUAGAGUAAUCCUUCCUUGAUACCAUAAAUUAUGCCUAAGCUUGAAGAGAAUGGUCUUUAUUUGUAAACAUAUUCAUAUAUACAUUAGAGGAGCUGCAAUUUUGGCAGAAAAAUUAAAAAUUUCAUAUUAGAAAGAAGAAUUAACUCUUAUACGAAAGUUUAUUACAGAUAAAAAGAAUUAGAUCUAACAAACUAAAAAUUUAUAAAAUAGAAAUGCUUUAAAAGAACUCUUCAUCUAAUUAGGAGACUUAUAUCUCAAAUAUGGAGACUUAGUUGAAGCUUAUGCUGCCUAUUAUAAGGCCCAUGAAAAUAAUUAAACAUAAGAAGCCUUAGAUUAUGCAAAUUCAUGGGUGACUUGUAUGAUUUUAAGCAAUAAUUAUAUGCACUAUAAAGUUAUUAAUGUCAAUCCCAAAGAUUAAGAUGUUAAAGGAUAUUAGAAGUGGUUAUUAUUAAGUGCCAUUAGAAAUUAUGUUAGAAUGGAUUACAAGAACUUUUUAAUUGACUUAUUACAAAUUGAUGCCAAUUAUCUUGAAUAAGUAGAAUUUAUAACUAGCUAUUUUGAUUUAAGCAAAUAUUUUGCUAUAGCUAGUCUUAUCACAAAAUUACCUAAAGAUAUUAUUGAAACAUUAUAACAUCCAUUUAUUAUUAGAAUACUAGAUGCAGAUCCUUCAGUAUUGGAGACUUUGAAUUGUUAUAUAGACUAUGAUUUUGUUUAAUUAAUUUAGAAAUCUUAAUUACUCAUUGUAUUAAUAUUUCAUAUAAUAUUUUAGAUUGAAUUAGAUAGAGAUGUCAUAUCAGCUCCACUUAUACCAUAAAUUAAAGAGAAGAUCAUUAACACAUUAUUAAAAUAAGUAAUUAUAAAUUUAUAUUAAAUUAGUAUAUUAUUAAUUUUAAAAGAAUGUCUUUAAUUUCAUUAGCUAAUUUAUUGAAUUUAAAGUAGUUUGAAGCUCAAGAUUUAGUAGAAAAAUUAAUUAGAUCUGAAAGUCUUAAUUAUGUUAUUGAUCCAAUAGAUAUGAUUGUUCAUGAAAAGUACAGUCAUGAAUAAUAAUAAAUACGUUAAUGUCAUUAACUUGGAGUAACAGUUUUAAAAGCAUUAGAUCAUAAAUAUUUCUAAAUUCUACAAGAUUAAAAAUGA